AUGUCGAGCCACGCCCGUCUCGCGGAGACACUUGGCGCGUCAAGGAAGCGGAAGGACCGGGAAAGCCCGCCCGACCUACCCCGUGCCCAUCACGCGAGCAAGGCCGAGCCGGCUAAGGAACCGGCCUCGGCACGCUCGCCGACGGCUAAGGAGGGCAACCUGCUCCUGGCCGGCUACUUGGCGCACGAGUUCCUCACCAAGGGAACCCUCUUAGGGAAGAAGUUGGGACCGGGCCGGGCCGACCCGGGGAAAAGGCCUCUUGAGCCAGGCUCGGCUGAGCCGGCGGGGACCUACGCAGAGGUCUCGUAUUUGCUGAUGCGGGGCGGGGCCCAUAUACCAGGCGUGGUCAACCCCACUCAACUGGCUCGGUGGCUCCAGAUGUGA